GUCCGAGCAGGGAGAAAGAAGGCGAAGGGAGCGGCGUGGAUGCCCCGUUCUCGCCCAGCCUAGCCCGGCCCCGGCGCUGCGCUCACCGUCUCGGCUUCUGUGUGUUGGGGUCCAGCACUCUGACCCCCCAUCACCCCGCGGAGGAAAUUCAUCUCGUCGCUCAGCCGCCGGCUUCCCCAGCCCCUCUGCCAAAGAAAACACAACCGCCCCCCCCCCCCCGAAGGGCCUUGCCCCCGAGCCGGCUUUCCGCACUCCCCGGCCUUCACCACCGCCGCCUCCUACUCAGCAGUCGCUCCGGCCCCCUGAGCCCGGAAACAACCACCGCCACCAGCCGCGGCGCGCAUGCGCGGGGACGUGGCGUUACGUGGCGGCUCGAAGGGCGAAGGCAAAAGGGGAGAGGAGGGAGCCCCCGGGGCCGCAGGCCACGCCCACUAGCCCUGGCCCACAGGCCACGCCCACCAGCUGGGCACGCCCUCUCCUCCUCGCUCUGCUUGCUACUGCUGGCUACGGUCACCCACGUGGUCGCAGCCCUACCCUGUCGGCUCGGGCUGCUCUGAUUAGACUACGCGCUUCGGCUGGUAGGUGUUUUGUCGCCGAGCGGGACUGACUGCAAGCUGUCAAACCUGAAGGCUUAUUUUGUUGAGUCGAAAGUGAAAUUUUCCUUUGGCCAGAGUGACAGCAUUUAACAUUGUGCAGCAAAGAAAUGGUUAUGGAGAAGCCCAGUCCGCUGCUUGUGGGGCGGGAGUUUGUGAGGCAAUAUUAUACUUUGCUGAAUAAAGCUCCUGAAUAUUUGCACAGGUUUUAUGGCAGGAAUUCCUCCUAUGUUCACGGUGGAGUGGAUGCCAGUGGAAAGCCCCAGGAAGCAGUUUAUGGCCAAAAUGAUAUACACCACAAAGUGUUAUCUCUGAACUUCAGUGAAUGUCAUACCAAAAUUCGUCAUGUGGAUGCUCAUGCAACCUUGAGUGAUGGUGUAGUGGUACAGGUUAUGGGCUUGCUGUCUAACAGUGGACAGCCUGAGAGGAAGUUUAUGCAAACCUUUGUUCUGGCUCCAGAAGGAUCUGUUCCAAAUAAAUUUUAUGUUCACAAUGAUAUGUUUCGUUAUGAAGAUGAAGUAUUUGGUGAUUCUGAACCAGAACUUGAUGAAGAGUCAGAAGAUGAAGUGGAAGAGGAACAAGAAGACAGGCAGCCGUCUCCUGAACCUGUGCAAGAGAAUGCUAACAGCGCUUACUAUGAUGCACACCCUGUGACCAAUGGCAUAGAGGAGCCUUUAGAAGAACCCUCUCAUGAACCUGAACCUGAGCCAGAAUCUGAAACAAAGACUGAAGAGCUGAAACCCCAAGUGGAGGAGAAACACUUGGAAGAGCUAGAGGAGAAGUCUGCCACUCCUCCUCCUGCUGAGCCUGCUUCUCUGCCUCAAGAACCACCAAAGCCAAGGGUUGAUGCUAAACCAGAAGUUCAGUCUCAGCCACCACGUGUACGUGAACAGCGACCUCGUGAGCGACCUGGUUUCCCUCCUCGAGGACCAAGGCCAGGCAGAGGAGAUAUGGAACAAAACGACUCUGACAACCGGAGAAUAAUUCGUUAUCCAGACAGUCAUCAGCUUUUUGUUGGUAACUUGCCUCAUGAUAUUGAUGAAAAUGAACUGAAAGAAUUCUUUAUGAGUUUUGGAAACGUUGUGGAACUUCGCAUCAAUACCAAGGGUGUUGGGGGAAAACUUCCAAAUUUUGGUUUUGUGGUUUUUGAUGACUCUGAACCAGUUCAGAGAAUCUUAAUUGCAAAACCAAUUAUGUUUCGAGGAGAAGUACGUUUAAAUGUGGAAGAGAAAAAAACAAGAGCGGCCAGAGAGCGAGAAACCAGAGGUGGUGGCGAUGACCGCAGGGAUAUCAGGCGCAAUGAUCGGGGUCCUGGUGGUCCACGUGGAAUUGUGGGUGGUGGAAUGAUGCGGGAUCGUGACGGAAGAGGGCCACCUCCACGAGGUGGCAUGACACAGAAACUUGGUUCUGGAAGAGGAACCGGGCAAAUGGAAGGCCGCUUCACAGGACAGCGUCGUUGAAGUUCCACUGUUGGCAAAGUUUUGGCAGUGGUACCUAACUCAUCGUGUUUGCAUUCUUGUUAAGUUUUUUUGGCUUUGGAAUGUGACACAGCCUUUUUGAUCAUUUCUUUGAUGUGAAAAGCAUCUUUUGGUUAUCAGUUAAAUUGAGGUGGACAUUAUUUCCCCAAUUUCACAACAGGAUUCAUAUUGUUAAUUUAUAAAGCUAGACUUGGAGAAUUAAGGACUGAGAAAUGACCAUAUCUUAAACUGUCUACAACAAAAUGAACUUUAAAAAAAGGACAUGCCCACUGAGUCCAGGUCAUUUGAGUUUUAAAAAAAAAAAUCCUCUGCUGCACAUUUUGUUUUAAGUGUUAACUGUUUCUGCUAUUAAUGUUGGAAACACAAAUAGUGCAAUUUGUGCAAUUGGAGAAUCUUGCCUUUUCUCUUGGCUCCCCCCAAACACAGACAAACAGAAACUUGUUACAUGUUCAUCAGAAUGCACUAUCGGGUACUCUGAAGUCAUUAACAUUGAAAUCUGCACCAGGAGGCAACAGGGAAAAAAAAGUGUGAUCUUCUUUUCUAGUAGAAAAUAGUUUGUGAGAUAAUGAGGGCGUCCUAUCUGCUGGCUGUGACUAGCGAGUGCACACAAACCUUAACAAGACUGCAAUGUUCCAGAAGGAAGUCAUUUAGUUACCAACGAAAUAACAAAAACAAGAACUUCAAAAGCUAUGGUCUUAAAUACUAGACCAGGGUUAGUAGCUACGUUGUCAGUUUUCUACCUGCCCUCUUGAGUACAGAGAUGGAUGGCUGCUCAACACACUCCUCCCCUUUCCUUUCUUUAAGCUGUGUACAGUGAAAAAUGUCUUUCCUGUAUUUUGUUCUCUGGUAAUGUAAUAAGCAUGAUGGUGCCUUCUAUAACAUCAUUCCAGUCUUGCUGGUGAUUCUGUACAGCGUGGUUUAUGAAUUGCUGUGUUGCAAAGCUACACAGCUGCAAAACCAUUGAAGAAAAUCAUUGAUGUAUAAAAAUUGCAGUAUCUUUAAAAUCAGUAAAAUGGAUGCUUAUUAUUUAUCUUGUUCUUCAGUUAACCAUCUUCUAUGUUCUGUGUGGGAGGGAGUCAUGUGUGUUUGAGGGGAGAAGUCAGUUGAGUCUCUGACUUUUAGCUCCAGUGUGAACUAUAAAAACCUAACCACUUAGUUCUUGGAAAAGUCUAACAACUUGGUGGACAUUUUGUCACAUUUGAGAAGCAGUCAGAUUCCUGAAAUGGCAUGUGAACCUGAGUGUGGAUACUGCAAUUUUCAGAGGGAAGAAUGGCAGCUCGUAAGGGUGGGAGACGGGAACUGUCACUCAUUUUGCACAAUUCUUGAACUGAUGUCAGUACCCAAAUGGCUCCUGAAUUUAAGUCUGGGAGGACAUCUUUUUAUUUUUACAUGAACCUUUAAACAAUUCUGUGAGCGAAGUUUCUAGCUGCUGGAUUAUUGUCUGUCUUUACAGCAGGUUCCAGUGAACCACAAGAAUGGCAAAGGUUAUCUGGUUUUACUGUUGGAACAAUCAGUAUAUAUCAGAUUUCUGGUGUUUCAAGCAAGAAGCGGAGUAAACAAGUGUGACCACUUAAAGCUGCUUGUUAACAUGGAAGACUUCUCCAUUCUACCUUAGUGAAAAUAAAUACACACUUGACAUGAGAGCAAAUUGGUUAUGAAUUUUGUGACUGUUGGCUAGUUAUUAAACUAUUGGUUUUUUUGUCAACUGGGCAAUAUGGAUAAAAUUUACUUUUUUCCCUAAGAAUGAGGUCUUCCAUGUUUGAGGAAAUGUCUUGCACUAUUGCAUAUAUUUUGUGGACACAGAUUUUUGUAGUUUCCAUUUUGGAAGGCUAAAGUUUCUUGUUUGUUUGAAACAGUUUUACACUUUCUAAUGUACAGUACUUGAAAUUCGUACUAGAGAAUUACUUUGUAGUUUUGAAGCUUUUAUCCAAACUACUUUGAAAUAAGUGGCUUUCUUGUCAGUGGUUUGCCCCCAGGUGUAAUUUUCUUUUGUUAUUACUUCUUCUUAUUGUGUAAGAGUGUGUAUAUGUGUGUAAAUAUUUACACACAACAUCUGCACAAGUAUAUAUAUUUCCAAUCCAAGAUAAUUGCCCUGUAACCCAUAUAUACUGUUCUGGCAACAAAAGACAAAUGUUAAGUGUAUCAGAUAAUUGGAGCUAAGAGCCAUUCAGCUUCAGCCUUUUUACAUACCCACAACAUUAAAACAUGACAUGGAGAAGUUUACAUGGUGACUGUUCACCUGCAGUACUGUGGACUUUUUAACAUUUUGUCCCCUUUUCAGUGAAAUACUAAAAAGUACUCAUCUACCAUUACUGUUAUUUGCUGAUUUUUAUUUUAUUUUGAUGGUAAUAUUCUAUCCUUAUGACACUAUUGCAACCAAAUUGGCUUUACCAUCUUGGCUUUAGUAGGUAUAGAAGAAAGUGGAUUACCAUCUUUAUUUUGUAAUGUGUUAAGCAUUAUAUGCUGGUAGAAUCUAGUUUAAUUGUUUCAGGUGGAAAGUAUUCUUUUUGAGUUUCCAUUUUGAAUGUGUUUGGACUAAAACAAUAAACUACUGAUGUCUGCA